CAAAUACUUGAACUGAUAAAGUAUAAAAAUGAGUAAUGAAGAAAAGAAAUUUUCAUUUUCAUUCACAAAACAAUUAAAAAAGUCAAAUAUUGUAAAUUCAGAUAAUAAAGAAGAUACCAAAACGGAAAAUAUUCAAUUAAUCGACUGUGUCGAAGAAAAUUCAAUAAAAGUUAUCGGAAGUGAAAAUGAAAUAAAAAAGGAACCCUUGGUAAUUCCAUUGAGCAAGAAUACCAAAAAAAUUCCAGUUUCGGAAGAUCCUAUAAUUAUUACUUCUGAAAAUUCCACGACACAAAAGUCUUUAGAAGAUAUUGCAGUACAAGAAUUAAUAAAUGAAUCGAAAAAUAUUACUACAAAUAAAGCAGCACCACUUGUUCAUACAAUUCCGAAAUUAUCAGAAAAUGGUGAAAUAGCUGGUGAACCAGAGUCAACGUUAGAUGAUUAUGAAAAUGUUCCUAUAAGUGAAUUUGGUUUUGCAAUGCUUCGAGGUAUGGGAUGGAAGGAUGGAGAAGAAAAUGGGAACAAUCCCAAAACAGCUCAUCAAAUGCCAGCUGUCCGACCAAAAGGUAUGGGUUUAGGUGCCGAUAAAUUAAGAACAGAUAAAAACAGUACAAAAUCACAAGCAACUAAUAAUGGUGAACAGUUAAAGAUUAUAAAGAAUGCGUAUGUAAAAAUUAUUUCGGGCAGAUAUAAUAACAUGUUGGGACAGGUGCAAGGUUUUGAUGACGAUGCUGGAUCAAUAAUUAUUAAACUAGCUUUAACUGGAAAUGUCGUAUCAUUACAAGAAUUUCUAGUGGAACCUAUUACCAAAUCUGAGUAUGAUAAAAACUCAAAAGUAAUUAAUUUACAAAAAUAUGAAGAAUAUGGUAAAAAAGAUAAAAAAAAUCUCGAAACAGAUAAACAUAAAAAUUUAGACCCAAAUGAGUACGAAUCAAAACCAUAUAAAAAACAUUCAAAAUAUGACUCAGAUUCAGAAGAUAGUGACAUAUCAAAAUCAAAUCGAAAACAGGAUAAACAUAGUAAACGAUAUUCAGAUAAAAAUGAUAAACGUGAAAAAAAUCAUUCAAAAUCAAAUUCAGAAAACGAUUUAAAAUAUUCAAGAAAUAAAAAUUCGAGCGAUUCUGAUUCAGAAUAUGAAUAUAAAAAUCAUAGAAAAAAUAAAUAUCGAGAUGACCGAUAUGAUUCAAAAUACAAACGUAAUGAUGACGAUACAGAUUCAUAUCGAAAUCGAAGUAGAAAUUACGAUAAGUACGAUAAGUAUAGUAGAGAUAAAUAUACAGAUUCGAAUUCUUCAAAAUCCUCUAAACAUAAAAGUAGUCGUGAUUAUGAUGACAGCUACAAAUAUAAAAAAUCAUCAUCAAGUAAAUCGCGUCGAUCCAGGUCAAGAUAA